GGAAGCGGCGGGCGCUGCCGGCGGAGGGCCCGGGCGGUGAGUCGGGCCCGGGGUCCCGGUGCGCCGCGUUCGGCUCCGCGCUCCCGGCACCCGCGGGCUCGGUGAAGGGCUCUGGGCGGUGGGGACCCGUCCCCGUGCCCGCUGAAGGGUCCGUUCAGUGGGUACCCACUCAAGGGUCGCGGUUUGCUAAGCUCCGGGAGUGCGCUUGGCGGGAUCCGUGCCUCUCCCGGUUCCCGCUAAGGGCUGAGCUGUGCCCAGCGCUGGCGAGGGCCCGGUCAGGGGGGCUCUGCUCGGUCUCGGUGCCUGAUGAGGAGCCCGGUGUGGGGGUCCCGGGAGACUGUGCCCGGGAACCGAGUCAGGGAUCCCGGUGUGCCGGGCUGUGUGACCCUCUGAACAUCCCAGUGUGCCAGGCUGUGUGACCCGCUGGGUAUUCCCGGUGUGCCGGGCUGUGUGACCCGCUGAGGAUCCCGGUGUGCCGGGCUGUGUGACCCGCUGGGUAUUCCCGGUGUGCCGGGCUGUGUGACCCGCUGAGGAUCCCGGUGUGCCGGGCUGUGUGACCCCUCUGUGCAUCCCGGUGUGCCGGGCUGUGUGACCCACUGAGUGUCCCGGUGUGCCGGGCUGUGUGACCCGCUGAGGAUCCCGGUGUGCCGGGCUGUGUGACCCGCUGGGUAUUCCCGGUGUGCCGGGCUGUGUGACCCGCUGGGUAUUCCCGGUGUGCCGGGCUGUGUGACCCCUCUGUGCAUCCCGGUGUGCCGGGCUGUGUGACCCGCUGAGAGCCCGGUGUGCCGGGCUGUGUGACCCGCUGAGCAUCCCGGUGUGCCGGGCUGUGUGACCCGCUGAAUAUCCCGGUGUGCCGGGCUGUGUGACCCGCUGAGAGCCCGGUGUGCCGGGCUGUGUGACCCCUCUGUGCAUCCCGGUGUGCCGGGCUGUGUGACCCACUGGGUAUUCCCGGUGUGCCGGGCUGUGUGACCCGCUGAGAAUCCCGGUGUGCCGGGCUGUGUGACCCGCUAGGAUCCCGCUCUCUCUGACCCAGCCCAGCCCAGGGAGGGCUCCGGGCCGGCUGGGCUCUGUGAGUGCCAGCUCCCGCUGAGCUUUCGGGGUGGUCGAGCCCCCGAUCCCCUCUCGGGCAGCCCAGCCCGGUCCCUGAGAUCCCCCUAGCCCGAGGACCGAGCCGUGGCAGCCCCCCGUGCCCACCCGGCCAUGCCCGCCCGGGGUCCCUCGGGGUGCCGCCGGCCGCUGCUGGCGCUGCUGGUGGCCCUGGGCUGGCUGCUGGCGCUGCAGCUGCUGCUGGACCUGCGGGCUCUGGGGCUGCUGUGUGGGGCACUGGCCGUGCUGGGGGGCUGGCUGGGCCCCCCGGCGCUGGGUCCCCGCGGCCGCCGCCUGCGGCUGGAGCGCUUCAUCAGCUCCCUGCGCGCCCCGGCCCGCUGCGCUGCGGACGAGCGGCGGCUGCAGGAGGAGAUCGCCAGCACGGUGCGCAAGGUGGUGCGGGAUUUCGUGGCCUCCUGGUACCGCACGGUGAGCAGAGAGCCGGCCUUCGAGGCCGAGGUGGAGAGGGCCAUGCUGGGGCUGGCGGCGGAGCUGCGGCGGAGGAUGAGGCGGGUGGACCGGCGCGCCCUGGCCCGGCGGCUGCUCCUGCUGUGCGGGCAGCACCUCCAGAGCUUCCUGCGGGCGCGGGACGCCCUGAGGGCUGACCCCGAGGGCGGCCAGACGCUGUGGAAGGAGUACAGCCGGCUGGCAGGGCCGCACCCCGCUCUGCUGAGCCCCGCGGCCGAGGUGGGCUGUGCCCGGGCAGCAGUGGACGCGCUGCUGCGGGCGCUGGUGCCGCCGCCGCACCUGGAGACGCGGACAGGACGUUUCGUGGUGGUGGAGCUGGUGGCCUGCAACGUGCUGCUGCCGGCCGUCAGGAAGAUGUCUGAUCCCGACUGGAUCAACCUGCUGCUGAUCGGGGCGUUCUCCAAGAAGCCCCGCGGUGGGAAGCCCCACCCUGCGCCCCCAGUGCCGGAUUCCUUGCCUUUCCCGGCACAGACGGACGCAGCUCCCGCCAGGCUACCCCUGUCCCCGAGGGCUGCCGAGGGGCUCAGGAGAGAGGCAGGGGCUGCUGGACAGGAGGGAGAGGAGGUGAGCAGGUCAUGCCACGCAGAGGAAUCAUUCCUGCGCCCCCAAGCCCUGGGAUCCCUCUUCCCCUGUGAGGGUUUGGAGCUGGAAUCCCCCGCACCUGACAUGGGGCAGGAGGUGGAGUUGCUGGCUCCUUCCCCUGCUGGAGAGCUCCUUGAUGAGCCUCUCCAGGACCCUUCUGUGCCAGCGGGAGCACCUGCUGUGGAGGAUGGCACAGGGGCCCUGGACCACGGCCCUGGCCCCAGCUCGGAUGCUAGCCUGCUUCCCAACUCUGCUUUGAGCUCCUGCCCUGACAUCCAGAUCGAGCCAGCGGUUGAGAAGGAGGAGGAAAGCCCAGCUAUCCCCAGGAGGUUCUCCUCACGAAGACCCUCCAGCCUGGGGAGAGAUCUGGGGGCAGCAGAAGGCCCAGCACAGUUUCCCCCAGAGCCUGGGCAGGGCCUGCCCCUGCUCUCAUCCUCCCCGACAGCUUCCAUGAGCACGUUCAGCUUCGAGCCCCUGAGCAGCCCCGACGGGCCGGUCGUCAUCCAGAACCUGCGGAUCACCGGGACCAUCACUGCCCGGGAGCACAGCGGCACCGGCUUCCACCCCUACACCCUGUACACCGUCAAGUAUGAGACAGCCCUGGAGGGCGAGGCGGCGGGCAGCCUGCAGCAGGUGGCUUAUCACACCGUCAACCGCCGCUACCGCGAGUUCCUCAACCUCCAGACCCGGCUGGAGGAGAAGCCAGAGCUCCGCAAGUUCCUGAAAAACAUCAAAGGACCAAAGAAACUGUUCCCUGAUCUGCCAUUUGGAAACAUGGACAGCGAUAAAGUGGAAGCCAGGAAAAGUCUGCUGGAAUCUUUCCUGAAGCAAUUGUGUGCAGUGCCUGAGAUUGCAAACAGCGAGGAGGUGCAGGAAUUCCUGGCCCUCAACACCGACGCCAGGAUUGCCUUUGUUAAGAAGCCCUUUGUUGUCUCCAGGAUAGACAAGAUUGUUGUCAAUGCCAUUGUGGACACCUUGAAGACAGCGUUCCCCAGGUCAGAGCCCCAGAGCCCCACGGAGGAUCUGAGUGAGUCAGAAGUGGAUGGGAAAUCCCAGACAGACGGGAAGAAAAGCAAGUCCAGGCUGAGGUUCUCAUCCAGUAAAAUCACUCCAGUGCUGAGUGGGAGUGAAGCUCAUGACAGGAUCGUGUACUCCAUCAGGGAGGGCAAUGCUGUCUCUGGCACCCUGUCGCUGGCUGCUAUGGAAUCCUUCAUCCAGAAGCAGGAGAAGCUGCUGGAAGGAGUCCCCAGCAAAGCUCCUGAAGGCCAGGGAGGCAGAGAAGCCAAAGAAAUCUCUGUGCAGGAAGAAAUGGAUGGGCUGAGCACAGCAGAGCCGGGAGCACAUCCAGACACUGACUCUGACUCCGAGACAGCUUUGGCUGACCUGGCCCUGGACGUGCUUCGUCUGGUGCUGGUGGAUCACUGGAGCUGGCUGUGCACGGAGAACAUCCAGAAGGUCUUCAACCUGCUCUUUGGGACCCUUGUUCAAAGGUGGCUGGAAGUGCAGAUGAUUACCCUGACCUGCACCCAGCGCUGGGUCCAGUACCUCCAGUUGCUCCAGGAAUCCAUCUGGCCUGGAGGAGUUUUACCAGCAGUGCCUAAAGCCCCCAGGACGGAGGAGCAGAAGAAGGCAACAGCAGAGCAGGCCCUGCAGAGCCUGAUGGGGAUCUUGCCCAGCGUGAUCCAGGAAAUCCUUGGGACCAGUAAGUGUCGGAUGAGCUGGGCCCUGGUGCUGGAGUCACUGAGCCAGCCUGUGAUAAACAGGCACCUGGUGUUUUGCCUCCUGGACAUUCUGCUGGAGUUCUUGGUUCUGAAGGACUCCAGCAAGGAGCCUGAGGCUGCAGCUGCCACUCCGUGUGCCUGCAGUGGCCUGGACAAAGGUGUCCCAGCACUUUAGCCAGGCCUGGUGCCCCAGCAGUGGAGAGAAGCAGCCACAGGCAUGGAGUGAUUGGAUUUUCAGCCUUUCCUGAACGUGCCUGGGAGCUUCCUGUAAGGAAUUUCUCCAGCCAGUGCUGCUUCCAGACUUCUCUGUUUCAGCUGGGUGGUGGAUCAAACCCAGUGUGAGGGGCUGGAGAUGCUGUGCAGCAGCUGUUCCAUUGCUGACCUGAUGGAGAGCCUGGAAUGACCCAGCCUGGAACCACAAACCCUUCUGAGCAUCUCUACCAUCUACAGCCAGAGAACAGAGAUCUGCUUUUGUGGCAUCAGGGUCCACCUGGCACUGAGAGAGUUGGUGUGAUGGGAUCUUGCUGAUGAAUGUUUCUGCAGGGCAGGUGAGGGCAGGUGCAGUCUGUCCCUGCUGUCUGAGCAGCCUGCCCUGGGCCUGCCCUGCACCAUCUGUGUCACCAGAAGGAAGAUGGGGUGUAGAGAUGUGGUCCUGAAGUUCAGCACCCACCUGCCCAAAUACCUGCGAGGUGAGAGGGACAAAGAUCAGCUGCUUCUCCCUGCACUGCUGCACUUCUCCAUCAAACAGGUGCAGGCAGGCUGUGAUCCUGGGAAUUUGACUCUGCUCAGGCUAGGAAGGAGUGGUGGCUUGGCUGGACUUUAGGACUCAUUUAUAUUGUGCUUUCUGAGUCACCUUUUAGUCCCUGGGACAGUCACCUGGAAGGCAGAGGCUAAAAGAGCUGAGCCAUGUGGGACACAAUCAGCUCCCACAUCCAUGUGGUUGUCACAGGAAGCUCAGGAAGAGGAAUGAGUCCCUUGAGCCCAGGGGGAGCCCUGGAUGUGUGUGAUGGACAGCCAGUGGGUUAGACCCCAGCAAAGGGCCUGGGAGCACUGCCUGAGCUCUGCUGCUCAUGGCUGUGUCACUGGGCCUUGCUUUGCUGUGCCUGCUGCUGCAGCAGCUCCGUGCAGGAGCUGGGAAGCUGCUCAGGUCAUGGAACAUGGAUUUGGAGCUGCUUCUCCAGGUUGUCCAAGACUUGAGUGGCUUUGUGAGCCAGUCAGGUUCCUGGGAGUGCUAAAGGACUCAGAGCAUGCACCCACAGAGCACUUUGGUGCAUUUUCUGGCAGAAACACGGACUGAGCAGUGCUGCAUGGGCUGGUGAAGGUGUUCUCUGCAGAUCAAAGCAGGCUCCACACAGUGAACCAUGCAGGAUCACAUGUGCUGUCCGUGCUGCUGUACCAGAUGGUUUCAUCUCUCUGAACCAGGCCAUACCAGGCUGGAAGAGUCUGCCUGCAGUUUCUUGGAGCUGGAUGCUCCAUGGCAUGUCUGGAGAGAAGGCAGUGUGACUCCAACACGCCUAUCCUGCUCUUCCCAAAGGAGCUGCUCAAUCAUGGAUACACAACAGUGUGAGCUGCUCUGUGCUUGUGUUGUGUGAAAAUAUAGGGAGGGAUCAUUUUGCUGCAAGCAGAUAGAUUUUUAGGGAGCUCUGAGGACACCCCAAGACCCUGCAGAAUCCACUGUCAUGAAGCAAAUCAAUUCUGCAUCACCACUGGAGCCAUUCUGAGCGGGGAGGCUGCAGAGAUGGUAGAUUGCCACCUGCUUGGAGAAGAAGGGAGGUGUUAAGUUGUUUAAGAGUAGAUUAGGUGGAGAAUGCUUUGGGAUAAUCCCAAAUGGCCAAGCAGCAGUUUGGGAAGCAGGAGUCAGAUAAAUCCUGAAAUAUCUGCUUGGAGCAGCUGCUUCACCUUGUCUUUCACUUCCUCUGUUCCCCUCCUUUUUGCUCCUGCUUCCAUUUGCCACCCCGGCUGUCAGGAGGGGACGAGGCACCCUGAGCCAGAGGUGAUGCAGCAGAGCCCUGUUGUGCCUGGUGGCCUCCCAGAUGUUCCUGCUCUUGUUUGCUGUUGCUUCCUAGUGAGCUGUGUGGCUUUGGAGCUCCAGGACUGUGGUCUGUCAUUCCUUAGGGAUAAUAGUAAGAGGCUUUGCUGAAGAGGAUCAUGGAGUGCAAAUUAUCCAUUGCCAGCUCCAGGUUAGGGCAAAAGUCUGAAACACACCCUGGAUGUGGCACUGGAAGGAUGAGCUGACACUUCUCCUUUGCCAGGAAGCCCAAAUUCUCCCUGCUUUUAACACCCAGCUCUGAAAUUGUGCAAAUGACUGAAUGGUCAGUCCUCCAGAUGGAAGUAAUUUGUGAUUACUGCCAGUGUGGGAUGUGGUGCUUUGCUGGGGUGGUGCAGCACUGAUUUGGGGUUGUCCCAGCACCAAGGUUCAGAUACAAAGAGAUGGGACACAGAGAGAGAGAAAGGAGAUUUACUAAUGUGCACUCUCAAGGCAGUGUGGGAGUGGGGAACAGACCUAAGGAGUUUGAAUUGAAAAAUGGUGUUUUACUCUGCAGAACCCCCUUUCUUGUCUCAGAUAUGAGGGCUUGGAGCCCUUUCUCAUGCUCUCACUGGCUGGGCUUCAAAUUCCCAUCCUGUCCUUGGGAGAUCUCAGCGCAGCCUUACAGCUGAGGUGAAGUGCCCAGGAGCAAAGAGCCCCUCUCUGCAUCGUGUUGUUAAGGAGUAAAACAAAUCCCAUAAAAAGCUUAGCUUUUUUUCUACUCUCAGUUCUUUGCCUCACUGUGAUUCUGGGAUUAAAUUGAGCACAAUGGUGGCAGAUAUAAACUUCUGCAUUCAGGUGGGCUGAAAGUUUAUUUCCAUUGGACUAAGACUAGAAAAACUGCUCUGGUAAAACAAACAAAGUUUACAAAAAAAACUUAAGCUCGCUCAGUGUGUCAUAUUCCCAGCAAGCUCCUUUUUUUUCUGCAGGAAUUUGUAGAAGGAAUUUGCAGAAGGCUCCAGCCACCUCUCUAAAGGGUGGGUGGUGAGAGCAGGCAGAUUAAUGUCAAUAAAGAGUUGCAGCCUUGUGUCACGUUAGGUCAAGAGCAGCACCUGCCUCAGGUGGGUGCUCAGCUCUCCCCCUCCACGUCCUGCAGCCCUGUGUGAUCUGCCCCCAGCCCACACUCGCUGAUUUUGUAAAGUGUUCCCCUUCCCACUGCCUUGGUUUCCCACAGCUGACUGGAAGCUUCCUGGAAGCAGGGAUUGCUCCUGUGUAUGACUGAGUGUAGAGCUCCAAGGCACCACUCUAAGCUAAAGAACUGUUUAACUGUGAUUUUAGGGGAAGAAAAAGUCCCACCAUGCACUGACCCCCUGUCCUAUUUCCUGUACUCAACCCUUUGUAGCAGCUAUUUGUGGAGCUGUUGGAGUCUGUGUGGAAUUCUGCUGUCUGGAAAACAUGUUUAAUGGUUAAAUGGGGAGCAAACCUUCACUCCCAUGUACUCGUGUGCAAUAAUACUUUAUUUCAAACUUA